CCACCCCGGCCAGCCACUCCCUGGGAGCAGAGGCAGCAGGAGGAAGCUGGCAGAGAAGAGGCAGCUGGGGAGAUGGCAGGGUUGUCCUCUGAGAUUGGUGGCAGCUCCAAGGGGGACGAGGACCCAUUCCACUACGACUACGAGACGGUCCGAAAGGGAGGCCUGAUCUUCGCUGGGCUGGCCUUCGUCGUGGGGCUCAUCAUCAUCCUCAGCAAAAGAUUCCGUUGCGGGGGCCAGAGGAAGCGACGGCAAGGCAAUGAAGACGACCUGUGACUCAGGUCAGCUCUGCCCACAGAGGCUGGCUGGGAAGCCAAGGAUGCCCCCAGCCUGCAGGAAGUGCUCCCUGGGCCAGGGCCCUUGGGCUGGCGACGGUACCAGGUUCCAUGGGACCCUGGGGCGGCCACCACCUCCGGCCCAGUCAUCCCUAUGCUGAUAAUAAAGCCCUUACAGCCUG